CCCGACCUCCGGGGCCGGGGACGUCACGCCUGCGCAGUGGAGCUUGCGCUCGGCGUCCUGUGCUUCGGGGAGGGUCCCAGAGGCGCGCGGCGGUCCAUGGCGGACCCCGGGGCGGAGUCGGAGCCCCUUUUGAGCCGGGCCCGGGGCGGCAGUGGCCGCGACUGCCCGGGGGGCUCAGCCGCUUGCCGCAGCGUCCGCGACGGCCCUGGCGCUGUGUCCAGGCGGGAGCUCUGCUUUGACCAGGCUGCUGUCUUCAUUGAAGAUGCCCUCCAGUAUCGCUCCAUUAACCACCGCAUGGACGCCAGGUCGAUGUGGCUUUAUCGGUUGUAUUACUCGAACGCGUGCCAAUGGAUAUUGAGUUUCACCAUCUUCUUGAUCCUGUUUUUGGCUUUUAUUGAGAACCCGUCCUCGCUCACUAGCACCGCGGAUGUCCGCUACCGCUCGGCCCCUUGGAAUCCCCCCUGUGGCCUGACCGAGAGCGUCGAGGUGCUCUGCCUGCUGGUCUUUGUGGCCGACGUCUCUGUGAAGAGCUACCUGGUUGGGUGGGCCCAGUUCCGGACGAACCUCUGGCUGCUGGCCUACCUUGCAGUGCUGGUCGUGUCUCUCAUGGACUGGAUCGUGUCUCUGAGUCUGGUUUGCCAGGAGCCCCUGCGGGUUCGUAGGCUUUUUCGCCCCUUCUUCUUGAUGCAGAACUCGUCCAUGAUGAAGAAGACGCUCAAGUGUGUCCGGUCCUCGCUGCCGGAAAUGGCCAGUGUCAUGCUGCUGCUGGCGCUGCACCUGUGCGUCUUCACUGUGUUCGGGAUGCUGCUCUUCACAGGCGAGAAGCAGGGUGAUGGGCAGGACCGGGAGAGGCUGAUGUACUUCCGCAACCUGCCGGAGGCUCUGACCUCCCUCCUGGUGCUGCUGACCACCGCGAACAACCCCGACGUUAUGACUCCUGCGUAUUCCAAGAACCGAGCCUAUGCCAUCUUUUUCAUAGUCUUCACCCUGAUAGGAAGCUUGUUUCUGAUGAACCUGUUGACGGCCAUCAUCUACAAUCGGUUCCGGGGCUACCUGAUGAAGUCUUUCCAGACCUCCCUGUUCCGGAGGCGGCUGGGAGCCCGGGCCGCCUAUGAGGUCCUCUCCUCCGUGACAGCAGUGGGACAAGCCCAUCCUCAGGAAGUCGGGGUGAAGCCCCAGGACUUCCUGCAGGUGCUUCAGAAAGUCCAGCUGGACAGCUUCCACAAACAGGCCGUCAUGGAGAAGGUACGUUCCUAUGGUGGCGACCUGUUGUCUGCUGACGAGUUUCAGAAACUCUUCAAUGAGUUUGACAAAAGGGUGAUUAAAGAGCCCCCGCCACGGCCCGAGUACCUGUCUCCCUUCCUGCAGCGCGCCCAGUUCCUCUUCAGCCACCGCUACUUUGACUACCUGGGGAACUUCAUCGCCCUUGGGAACCUCGUGUCCAUUUCUGUGUUCCUGGUGGUAGACGCGGACGUGCUGCCUGAGGACCGUGACGACUUCGUCCUAGGGAUUCUCAACUGUGUCUUCAUCCUGUACUAUCUGCUGGAAUUGCUGCUGAAGGUGUUCGCUCUGGGCCUGCCGGGCUACCUGGCCUACUCCAGCAACGCGUUUGAUGGGCUCCUCACCAUCAUCCUGCUGGUUUUGGAGAUCUCAACUCUGGCUGUGUACCGAUUCCCACACCCAGGCUGGAAGCCGGAGGUGCUGGGCCUGCUGUCGCUGUGGGACAUGGCCCGGCUGGUGAACGUGCUCAUCGUGUUCCGGUUCCUGCGCAUCAUCCCCAGCAUGAAGGUGCGCGGGCCUCUACCCCCGCCUCGCCUCCCUGCUGUCCUGCUCCCGCUGCCGCAUCGCUCUAGAGUGGCUGAGCCUGGGCAGGGAGGAACCGAGACCAGGACUGUCCCCCUGGCUGCCUUCGUCCCCUUGGUCUGUGACCUCAGCCCUGCGCUGCAUCUGGGUGAUGCCGGAGGGCGGUUAGGAGCUUGGGAGCCGUCCAGCCCUGCCUUACGGACGAGGAGAGGGAGGGCUGGCGCAGGUGGGCGUGUGUGGGGCACCCGAGCCAGCUGCAGGGGGCCUUUGUGCUCUUUGGGGCCCUUGGCGUUUGUGAGGGGCAGGGGCUGGAGCCCUGGAACCAGCGUGUUCCUAGGUGUCCUCAGGUUUCCAAAAGGCCAGUGGUGUAGGCCCUUAGUGACUUCUAGUAAUGAGGGGCAAAGGUGGGAUGGGCCAAGGCACUCACCUCCAGGCCUCCCAGUACAGGAGUGGGGCGUAUGGUUGGCUGGGGCGCCAGUCUGCAGUACUCCCGGUCCUGGUGGCUGUGACUGUCUGCAGGCCCCGUUUUCUCUUCAUGUACCCACAGGGAGUGACACGAGCCUUGAGGGGAGGGGAGCCGGGUGAACAGGGCAUUUAGGCCCAGUGCCUCCCAGCACAGAGGUAGACUUCGCUCUUCCUGUCCGUUUUCCUAAGAACUUUUUAGGAGAGAGGAAACCAAGGACAUCAGAGCCCUUUCUGCGUGUCCAAGUCCUUCCCCUGUGCACGCCUGUCCCUUCUGCCAAGCUGUGCACCUGGGCCGUCCGGGGGUUACCUGUUAGCUGGCAGACUUGCCCAUUGGCAGGUGGCCUGGGGGCCCUGGGUGCAGAUGGGGGCUGCUGCACACAGACCUUCGUGCACGCCACAGGCAGGCUUGUGAUCACACACGCGUGUGAUCACCCUUAACCACACAUAAACAUGCACACCUAAUCACAUUCACACGAUCUGACGCACGCGUCACUGCACAGCCAUACGUGUAAGCACACGUGAUCGCACACCUGCAGCACGACCAAGACUCAGAUCACACGCACACACCGAACACGCGUGUGAGCCAUGAGCGCAGUCUCGCACGUGUACACACGACGCACAACUAUACAUGUGAGCUACCGUGCACACGCAGUGACGCGCACACGCACGAGCAUGCCGUACGCUUGCACGUAAUCGCGCACAUGUGCACGGUGGUUUUGUUCUGUCAACAUCUAGGGUUAGGGGCUAACAGCUCAGGUGGGGUAAACGCGCGAAUUGGAAAGCCUUUCUCUGGGGCUCAGGUUUGCAUGUCAGGGGAGCAGCCCUCUGUAGCUGGGGUGCCUGGGUGGGUCUCUGAGCCCCUUUCUCAGACUUGAUCACUCGGGCUGAGCUGGGUGCCUCAGGUCUGCGCUUCUUUGGAGCCUCCAGACCGGAGAGGAGCUAAUCCAGCCUUCGUGGUCGCUGGGCUGUGUGCUCGGAGCUCCUGCUUGCUGUGGCUUCACCGAAGGGACUUGGAUUGAGACACAUCUGCGUCUGGGUGGAUGGAGGUGUCUGUGUGUGCGGUGUAUGUGAGUGUAUAUAGUGUGUGUCUGCCUGUGACUGGAUGGAGGGAUGUAGAUGUGUGAGUGUGUGGGGUGUUUAUGGGUGGCCGUGGGGUGCCGUACAGGUGUGUAUGGGCAGGUGGCCCUGGGGUGCUCGUACAGGAGUGCAUGUGGGCGGGUGGCCGUGGGGUGCUUGUACAGGAGUGUAUGGGCAGGUGGCCCUGGGGUGCUCCUACAGGUGUGUAUGUGGGCAGGAGGCCGUGGGGUGCACGUACAGGUGUGUAUGUGGGCAGGAGGCCUUGGGGUGCACGUACAGGUGUGUAUGUGGGCAGGAGGCCGUGGGGUGCUCGUACAGGUGUGUAUGUGGGCAGGAGGCCGUGGGGUGCUUAUACAGGUGUGUAUGUGGGCGGGAGGCCGUGGGGUGCUCGUACAGGUGUGUAUGUGGGCGGGUGGCCGUGGGGUGCACGUACAGGUGUGUAUGGGCGGCUGACUGGCGUGUGUGCACUGGUCCUGCCUUUCCAGGUCAGGGUGAGGGCAGUAGGCAGGGUUGGUGUCACCUCAGCGCGACCAGGAAGAAUAGGGUCCUGCUUUCCUUCUGU